AUGAAUAGUACAGCUGUUAAAAGUUUUAAUUCUAGCCAUGAUGUCAGUACAACGUCGACCACGGUUAGCCGUACUUCUGCAGCCAGUGCUAUAAUUACUACAGCAACUAGGUCGAUCUCAACAAGAGCAAGAAUCAGAACAACUGCGUCCGGCGUUCCCAGUACAGUAGCAUCUACGCAUUCUUUUACGGUAGAAUCCACGUAUUCCUCUGUCCUCCCCACACAUUCAGUAACUACAGCAACCGACUUUCCAGAAUCGCUAAAAAAUCUUAGCGAGAGUGGUGUGGGCAACAACAAUGUAUCUCGGGUUCUGAACGAAACACUCAAGUAUGCAAAUGCACGCAACAGUCUCUCUUCGACUGAAAUCCAGGAAAUCACCAUUAUUCUGAACAAUAGUGCCAAUCUGGACGGCCUUCGAGCCGAGAUUCUGGCAAAAACCUACAAUUCUGCCAGAAACUUGCUCUCUCUACUGCCUACAUUGGUGCAGCACACAAAUGCUAGCCAGUUCGACUUUCUCUAUGGCGAGAAUUUCGGUUUCACAGCUCGAAGCAUUGAUUGCUCAUCGCCCACAGACGAUGGACUUCUUGAUUUCGGCGAUAUAUUCAAAAUCUUCAACGGAUCGAUGCCACUAAGCGACCAACAUAAUUCAGUCUACAUCUCCAUAGCAGAAAUUUUGUCUCAUGCCUACUUGACUAUCUAUCGGAAUCGUAAAUUGUUCAUCGGCUCGAAGCAGUACCACUCAUACAAUUCCGGAUUCACCCUUGCACAAGAAGGUGCCCAUUUCGCCAUCAAUGCGAAGCAAUUAGAUGGACAAGCUAUGGGUGAAUAUGAUAUGGAUUGUUAUUUUCCACUUCAUGGACGUUUUCGUGUGACAUGGUGGGAUACGAAGAAGUUGGAAUGGUCGACUAAAGACCAAUGCGAAACCACCACGGAGAGCGACACGGUCGUGGCUCGUUGCCAGCAUCUGACCGAUUUCACUCUUAUAGUUGACGGUGAACUGGACGAUCCGAAUGUUUGCGACACGACGCUCAUGGAUCUAGGCUAUAUCGUAAACACACUGUCGGUCGUUUCGUUAACGUUUUUGAUAUUCAUGAACGUCUCUUCGGUCAACACAAAAACAUUAAAUGAUGGUUCUUCGCCUCCGCACACUGACUUCGUCAGUCUGGCUCACAAAAUCGCUCUACUACUAUUCUAUGUGGUGUUUACCAUUUUCUUCGAUAGAAGCGUCUCUGGAAAAGCAUGCCAGGUCUUCGCAUCGUUGUCGUACUUCUUACUAAUGAGUUCGGUGCUUUUGACAGUUUUCCAAGCAAUUCGACUCACAUCCAUGUUCUGCGCCAUCCAUCCGAUCAUCCAGGUGAUCCUUCUACCAUCAACGUCAGUGACUGCUAUGUUACCGUUCACAAGCUCGAUUCUGCUUUUGGUGCUGACGGAGUUUUUCAAUCGCGGUGACUGCUUCUGUUGGGUGCGGCCCGAUUACGUCGUAUACGCUGUCAUUAUACCAGUCUCUUUCCUGGUUCUUAAUGCUACAGUAUGUACGAUUCUGGUCUGCCGACGUCUCUUCGGAACAAACAGAACACUUGGCAAAAGCAUUCGAUAUACGGAUCAAUAUCUGUGUUCAAAAAUCGUCGCCGUUGUUCUCAUGCAAGUGUCGCUAGGAAUGCCGUGGAUUUUACAGUACUUCACACUGUAUGCACCGUAUACUACCGUAUGGCACUACAUUUUCACUAUAGUCAUGGGAUCUCAGGGAACAAUGCUUACCUUAUUGUUUUUAUACAAACGAAGUCGUUCUAUGUCGUCACAUAAGCGAUCACAACAAAGUCGCAUAACGCUUACUAGAGACGGUACGCCGUCAUCACGUUCGUGA